GAAGAAUAUCAGUAAAAAAGAAUGGUUUGCCUCCGGAAAGACCAGAGAAAUUGAAUGAUGGUUUAGAUGAUCCAAAGCCAGUUCCAGAUGAUAAAAAGGUAGAAAAAGUUGCUUAUGUAGGUAUGACCUACAAUGAAACUGGUAAGGAAAAAUACGUCACUUUUAGUAAUUUUACUCUGUUGCUUGAUAUUCCGAGGGAGCCUCCAAGCAUAAAGGUUUUUCGUAUCGACAAAAAUCACCCUAGAAUUAAAGAACUAUCAAGCGAAGGAAAAUUAAAAGAGGGUAAAAAAUUUACUACCCUUUAUGGAAAAGUAGAUAAAAAGUCAGAAAAGGGAAUUUUUAAUGUUCUUAAUGAAAAUAAUUCAGAAUUAGAGAUUAAGGAG